AUGGCCAACAAGAGACAGAAGCUCGAUACCAACCCUGAAGACAAGUUCCACAAGGGACUCAUGGAAGCUGAAUCCACUGCCAUCAUUGAAAAGGAAUUCAAGGAAUCAAAGCCUUACCUUCAUUGCAAGAUUGACACUUUGAUCAACAAUGAUUUGUUGAAAAAAGUUCGCAAAGAAAUCUUGUCCAACUUGCACUUCACUUUAAAGGAGACAGACAUUUACAAGGUCAAUCAAACUGGUGAUUUGGCCAAUCUGGAUGGUCUUCCCAAAAACGAACUCGAGCAACUAUCCAGCUUAUUUGAGCUUAGAAAUGCCAUCUAUUCAACCGAAUUCCGCAAGUUCAUCUCCAAAGUGACAGAUUGUGGACCAUUAUCUGGAUCAAAAAUGGACAUGAGCAUCAACUCGUAUCAGGCUGGAUGUCAUUUACUCAACCACGAUGAUGUGAUUGGCACCCGUCGUGUAUCAUACAUCUUGUACUUGACGGAUCCUGCUAAACCAUGGCAACCUGAGGAUGGUGGUGCUCUUGAGCUGUAUCCCGUCAUUGAAAAGGGUAUCCCUGCUUCUGAGCCUACUGUCGUCAUCCCACCUCAAUGGAACCAAUUCGUCAUGUUUACCGUGCAACCAGGACACUCCUUCCACUCUGUUGAAGAAGUCGUUGGCCCCGGAAACCGUCUCUCCAUUUCAGGCUGGUUCCAUAUACCUCAAGAAGGCGAGUUUGGCUAUAAGGAGCCAUCGCAAGAAGAGUCCGAUGCUGCAAAAUCCUCGCUGGAGCAGCUGCAAGAAGAACAAGAUUCCAGUGAUCGCUUUACCAAAUACCAAGUAGAGAACCCACAAGAGGAGGAAAUUGUUGGAUUGACAGAGGAUGUGAUGGUUGAACUGGCAGAAUGGAUGAAUCCCCACUAUUUGGACCUGAAGAUUGUCUCACAAAUGUCAGAACGCUUCUUGGAUGAAUCAGCAGUACAGUGCAAAGAGAUUCUGAACGAGCCCACUUUGGCUAAAUUAGUCGCUGCCACCACCAAGUUGGAUACAGAGGACAAUGUCAUUGAGAAUCAUCGCAUUGUGCCUCACGGCACAGGCGUGCGCGCAGGCUGGACUGUGCAAGGCCCUCCUCAUCGCUCAAGAUACAUGGUGAACAACAGCGACGACAAGGAAGGAGACAUUUUUGCCUAUUUAAAGUCGAGAUUUGAAUCUGAAGCUUUCAGAUUAUGGCUUGCUUCCAUCACGCAACUGUUGGCUGUAGGCUACCGUGGUGAAGCACGUCGUUUCAGACCUGGUCAUGAUUACACAUUAGCUACGACCAACACUAGAGGUCAAGGUGUAUUGGAUGUCACUUUCUGUCAUGUCAACAAGCCAAGUGCUUGGGAGGACGGUGAUGUGGGUGGCUAUGAAUGCUAUAUGGCUCCUCACGACGAGGAAGAGGAUCCCGCUACUUACAAGGCUGCAGAUGAGGAUGGCGCUUUAUUGACUUUGCCCGCAGGACAAAAUGAAUUGAGUUUGGUGUUGAGAGAUGAAGGUGUGAUGCGAUUCAUCAAGUAUAUUAGUGCAAAAGCACCUGGAUCUCGCUGGGAUGUUGCAUUUGAGUAUGAUUUAGAGGAAGGACUCGAUAAUGACGAUGAUGAAGAACAACAAGAAGAGGCAGAAGAGAAUUAG